AAUAUUUAAGAUAGUUCGUCUACUGUCUUUAGAUACAGAAACCAGUUAAGCGUCAGUGUUAACAAUUCAUGAGUCCAUUGAAAUUCGACAAUGACCUCGGAUUAAUUCAAAAAGACUUGACACAGUGUUGCAAUGAAUGAUAGAGGAAUGCCUAUGCUACCGCCCAGGUGGCUGAAGUGUCCACGUAUGGGAGACAUGAUAUUGGAUAUUUUUAUUCCAUUCAAGACCCCUCUGGACAAUAAAUUUGAUCAUUUCAUAGAUCCAGAAGACAUCUUUCACGUGGAUGAUACAUUCAAAACUGCGGAACCAUACAAACUUGGUCUCAUUAUCGACUUAACCAAAUCUCGCAGAUUUUAUAAUCGACGAGAGAUAACUGACAAUAAUUGUAAGUACUUGAAGAUAGAAUGUAAAGGAAACGAAGAAAGACCGACACCAGAACAAGUGAAUCUUUUCAUUCAAGUUGUUAAUCAAUUUCUCGAUAGCAAUCCUGGAAAUCAAAAAAUAGGUGUACAUUGUACUCAUGGAUUUAACAGAACUGGAUUUAUGAUUGCUGCCUAUCUUGUGGAAGAGCUAAAUUAUGGCGUAGACAUAGCAGUUCAGAUAUUUUCCGAUUCAAGACCUCCUGGAAUUUACAAAGCAGAUUACUUAGAAGAUCUGUUCAAUCGUUAUGGAUGCAUUGAAGAUUGUCCACAAGCACCUCCACUUCCGGAAUGGUGUUUAGAGGAUGGACAAUCCAGUUCAAAUAAACCAUUGAAAAGGAGCAGUGAUGAGACACAUGCAAAUUAUAGCGACGAGGAGGCAGCUUCGUCAUCAAAGAUAUUACGCCAAAGUAGUAAUACAGAUGAAACAAUAACUUUUAAUUAUCUUCCAAGCAGAAAUUUCCCCCCACCCCCUCCGGGAAAUCCUGAUUUAAUGGAGGGUGUGUCCAAAGUUGAUGUUUUGGACCAAGAUAGCCCAGAAGCACAUGAAGCACGCGACUUGGCAGAGAAGUUGUGCAAAAUUGGUGGUUUUGUGUAUAUAGACGGCCAGAUGUUUCCUGCCACAGACUCGGCAUCCGAUAAUGAACAAGAACUUAAUGAUACAGAGGAAGUUGCUCGAAACAAUAAAACACCUAAAGUAUCUAAAAGGCCUUUACGCUUUAAAGGUAGUCAGCCAGUUUCCAUAACACAGAGAAAUGUGGCAGCGCUGGUCAACUGUGAUUACUGUGUAACCUACAAGGCGGAUGGGACGCGUUAUCUUUUGCUCAUAAUGGGUCCAGGUCGUGUCUAUCUUAUUGAUCGUGGCAAUUUUGUUUAUAAACCAAAUGUUUUGCACUUCCCAACUGUAUCAUGGGUUCGCGAGAACGGAAAGCGUGAUCCUCUUGCAGGUUCUCAAGCCUUUUUAAGUGAUCCUGAUGGCCACUUGGUAAAUACGCUUCUGGAUGGAGAAAUGAUUCUUUGUCACGACCAGUCUAAACCUCCUAAUAUUUCUACUUCAGAAGUUUCUGGAACUCCCAGAUUCCUAAUUUACGAUAUGGUCGCCUUGAACAACAAAUCAAUCGGACGACUCCCCUUUUUUGAACGUUACUCUGCAAUCGAUAAACAAAUCAUAUGGCCUAGAAAUACUGGUGGUCACAUGGGACUUGUUGACUUUAGUGCACAGUCUUUUUCUGUUCGAAGAAAAGCAUUUCGGGCUCUCCAAGAUACCGAAGAGCUACUGAAACCUGCUUUUCUUCAAAGUUUGGACCAUGCAACUGAUGGUCUCAUAUUUCAACCUUGUGGUCCUGAAGAUUUUUAUAUUCUCGGAACUUGUCCUCAGACGCUGAAAUGGAAACCGCCAAAUAUGAACUCUAUCGACUUCAGAUGCAAAGUAGAAUUUCAGAGAAAAGUUGGGUAAGAGUAUAACUAUAUUCUUAACCUAACAUUAUGUAUAAAUCCACGGUCAUUAUGUAAAGAUUCCGAGCGACAGCGAUAUGCACUAAAAGACAUCUGAGAAGUGUUGACUCGUGUUUUAUUCACUCCUAGCCAACAUAUUUGAUCGGUGUAUGCAGUCGAUAAUUCUGGUUUACUGACUAGGGGAGGUGAUUUUGCACAAAAGGUUGUUAGCCAACAAAAAAUUUUACUGGGUCGUCCAAUAACUACUGCAAAAAGUUUUUUGAUUACCUCACUCCUGCACAUAAUAGUAAAGAAACAUACACACAGUUCUACAUGAAUUUAAACUCUUAACAAGAAUCUAUGCCCUUAACAUUUUGAGAUGAACUCAUCACAUAGUUGUGUGAAAAUACAGCUUGACCUUAGUAACUUACAGAUUACGACACUAUUCAGUGUAUCUUUCAGCAUACAGGUGUAAUUAACGUGACGGAUAAAUCAACCUUUAUACAAAGACUGUAGAUAGUUCAGCUAGGCGCACAUAUUCGAUUCAAGAUCACUGUUUUUGACGGGUUUUCAAAAAAAUGUCCUUACAUAAUGAAAAUAGACUAGUCACAGCGUUUAUCACCAGGCAAGCGUGUCGCAGAUGGUUGUCAUUUGUAUACCUCACAUAUUUUCGUACAUUUCAGAUCUGACCAGCUAUUUUAACACUACAAAGCAGAGUUAACCGACGUAAUCCACAAUUUACUUACAGUCUCAUUACUGAAGAACGUGUUUGACUUAAUAGUUCAAUUAAAUUUGUGAUGCGACGGUAAUGACUUCACGUUGUCUGCUCUAGUCACCAAUCUCUAACAUGGGACAGAUGAAACAAAGUAAUAUCUUUUUUUUCUACAAAACAUCUCCAUUUAUGUUUUUUUCCUUCACGUUCCAAGUGGAACAUAAGGCCUCAAGCUAGAAGUUUCUGUAGCAGUGUUUAUUUUUACAGAAUGGAGUUGCUAGCCUCAUGCCAAACCUUCCCUCUUUACCAGCACUAUUCCUGGCUUAGCGAGGUAAAAGGAGUGAGUUGGUCGGGGAUCGAACCCCGGACCACGUGCAUGGUCGGCGAGCGUGCUAACCACUAUGCCACGAUGCACAUCUCCAUUUAUACCAGACAUUUUUAUUGAAGUCAUAAACAACCAGGUGUUAGGGAAGUACUGCAGUUUCGGUCCUGUGUAUCUAUGAUCUACUUAUCUUGAGUCGUUAUUCGAACGUGUAUUUACAAACCUACGCAUACAAAAACGAAAUUAACCACUCACUAUACGCCUUUUUGUGGUUUUGUAAAGUUAAUAAAUUUGAAGUGUAGAUUGGGGGUUAUAUUUGCGGUACUCUUGCGAUGAUAUAUUUUUAAAAAAGGAACCGUAGUUGUUAUCAUGUGGGGGUGUUUAUUGAGAUGAAAAAUUUCUUAUUUUAUGGUUUGAACUGUAGACAAAAAGCUUGGUAUGCGCCAAUCUUGUGCAGACGGUAAUUUUGAUAAACCAGUUAAUUAAUGUGUAUUGUUUGUGGUUUACUACUUGAUAUAACUCAUACUAGUCUUCAUUUGGUUUCAGGGAAAUUCCCGGUUAUGUUGGUUAUCUAUUCCUUGGUGGCCUCACAGUACCGUCAGCGAAGCUUGCACAUGUUAGUUCGCGUGACAAAGUAUUAGAUGGAAAAAUCGUGGAAUGUGUAUGCGUGCCAGGAGUUGGUUGGAAGGUUUUACGUGUACGCACUGAUAAGACAGAACCGAAUUAUCAUAAGUCAGGGAUCGGUAAGUGUAUAAAAAAUUCUAAUUACCAAUCAAGGUGUUAAAUAAAAAUCAUUUCAUCUCUAUCACAAGUCAACCCAGUCAGCAAUUUCCUCUGAAUAUACCAUUAUACAUGGUAAACCUACUGUGCAUGCUGUCGCACCAAAACUAUAAAUGCUAAACGAGAGGUGGCAUUUAUGUAGACAGGUCAAAUCAACACUCUUGAUCAUUUCAUAUUCCAUAUAUACACAGGAGUGGUCACGUGGCUGGAUGGUUUAGAUACUCAACGUUUAACCAGUAAGUCGCAGAUAUAAAAAGACCAUCCUGCACACUGAGGUUUAAACAACAAGAUAGUACCAGCAGUUUUGAUAUAGAAGGCAUGAUUCAUUUCCAAUUGUACAUUUUGCGUGAUAUUUUAUGUGAGAAACUUGUCUGCUUGAAUUAAUCCUGUGUUUACCGUGAAUGUUUUCAUCAAUAUGUUCUUAUCUUAUCUUUCCAACUCUAUCUUAGCUAUUAUUGAAAGCAUUAUGUG